AUGACGAAUUCUAGCAGUGACAUUCGUGUGGUAGUAGGAAUUGAUUUCGGAACAACUUAUUCAGGAUUUGCCUACGCGAAUGUCAACACGCCCAAUAGCAUAGAGACCAAUGAUACUUGGCCCGAAAACAAAGGCGAAUUCAAAACAAAUACGGUGAUUCGAUAUGAUAAAAAGCUCAAUGUUAUCAAGUGGGGUUUACCUGCUUUAGCUGAAAAGAUUUCAAGAAAGAGUGGAAAUUCAAAAUCUGAAGAAGCUCAGAUUGCUGAGUUAUUCAAGCUUCAUCUCGCCGAAAUUGACGAAGAAGAAAAACCAAAGUUACCUUUAGGUUUAGAUCCCAGAAAAGCAAUCACUGAUUAUUUAUGUGAAGUUAGAAAGCUUAUAAAAUCCAGAAUAUCUGACCGAUGGCCGGGAUUGAUUUACUUUAAACAUGUUCGAAUUGUUCUCACUGUGCCUGUUGAAUAUGAUGAGAGAAUUCGCGCUAUCAUGCGACAAUGUGCCUACGAUGCGGAUCUUAUACUUACACUUGAAUCAGAAAAUCUGGAAUUUACUACUGAACCGGAAGCUGCUGCAAUUCAUUGUCUCGAAAAUCUAAGUGAACAUCCCUUAAAAGAAGGAGAUUCAUUUAUGAUUGUUGAUUGUGGCGGCGGGACAAUCGAUUUGACAGUCCGCACGAUUCUAUCCGAUUCAAAAUUAAGUGAGCUCACAGAAAGCACUGGUGAUUUCUGCGGCUCCACAUAUAUCGACAAGGAAUUUAAAAAGUUUUUGGGUGCUAAAAUUGGAAAAUCAGCGCUUGAAUUUAUGGAAGAGAAGCAUUAUCCUCAGCUUCAAUAUUUGAUUCAAUACUUCUGCACCCAUGUAAAGAUUCCAUUCGAUGGCGAUGAAAGAAACUGGCGAAAUAAAGAAAUUGAUCUUGAAGAAGUUUGUCCCGUUAUUAUGCAAUAUGUCAAAGGCGACGAAAGAGAAGAGAUGGAAGAGUGCGAAUGGCUUAUCGAAUUAGACUUCCAGAUGGUUAAAUGUUUCUUUGACAAAGUCAUCGAAAAUAUUUUAAGGCUAAUCCAUGAACAACUGAUCAAGUCGAAAAAGACUAUUUCUGCAAUUUUUUUAGUUGGCGGGUUUUCUGAAUCCAAGUAUUUAUUACAUCGUGUCCGACAGGAAUUUAAUCGCCAAGUUUCGUAUAUCUCAGUCCCAUCUUAUCCAGUCACUAGUAUUGUUAAGGGUGCUGUUAUGUAUGGUCUGAAAAUGGAUAAAGUUAAAACACGUGUACUCAAAAAAACUUAUGGGAUCGAGCUUUACCGCGAUUGGACUUUCAAAGAUCCAAUUGAAAGAAUGAAAAUUGUAGAUGAACAAAGGAAGAUUUUAGUUUUCACGAGAUUGGCUAAAAAAGGGACUGAAGUUCUUGUUGACCAAGCAUUCACAAAAAUGGUUUAUCCGGUGCAUAAAGAACAGCUUACAUGUGAUUUCUCCAUCUACAGAAUUAAUGCUGACGAUGGCAAAUACUGUGAUGACCCAGAAAUGAAACUCUUUGGGACACUUACUUUGGACAUUCCCGAUAUUCAUCUUGGUUUAAAUCGUCCAAUGGAAUUCACUUUGACCUUUGGACAAAUGGAAACGCGUGCUUUUGCGAAAGCACUUAAGUCAGGAAAAACGGUUCAAGCGAAUUUUAAAUUAGAGUUGUAA